UGUCGCCCGAGAAGGUAGGUGGAGAUUACGCGCUCCCCACCUGGACCCCUGAACGGCGUGGCUGGCAGUAUCUUCCGCGGGACUCUGGUGCUUCCCAAACAUACUCUGUAUAAAACUGUAUUGAUCCACCUGCUUUAGUUUUAUAUUAGUGAUAGCGAUACGAAGUUUUCGUGUUUCCGAGAAAUACCUCACUGGCAUUGAAGAUGCGGUCGUGCUGGGUCCUUUUCUUCCUCCUGCUGGGAAUGGGGGCUCCCUUCCAGGCGGAGGCGGAAGUCUAUACCUCCAUCCACGACCUGACGGCAGUGUUCGCCCUGGAACGACAGGUCGUCACUGCCCUUACCAACUACCUGGGUGACAUGGAGGCUAAGAUUACCAGGAUACGUAGGUACCUUCAGGAGUACGAGCAGGUGCUGGCGGAGGGUCCUGCUACUGAAGAGGUUGUGGUCGAGCGCCUGGCCGGCAACCCAGUGCAUGCCUUCCAUCUUAUGAAGAGAAUUACUGUCGACUGGAAACACAUCGAGAACCAGGCCAAGACCGACUACUGGAGAGGCGUGGUGGAAGCCAUGAGGGGCGUGGGCAUGGGUGCCAUGGGCGUGCACCUACCGAAGGAUGAGGACCUGCAGGGAGCUGCCCAGGCUUUGGUCAGACUGCACGAUGUUUAUAAUCUCAACAUGACGCAGCUGGUGAGAGGAAACGUGUGGGGCGUGGAGAGUGCUGCAGAGAUGAGCGCGCAAGACUGUCUCUACAUGGGCAAGCACUCCUUCAACCUGGGCAUGUACCCGCGAGCCAUCCAGUGGUUUGAGGAAGCCUACAUCCUGGCUGGUCUGGAAGCCAACGUCACAGUCACCCAAGAUCAAGUCAAUACCUUCCUCAACAUUGCGAUAAAGGCUUACGAUGAGAGCACAGCAAGACAGAACUUGAGAGUCUCCUCUGAGGGGCACGAGGAAGACUUCGGCGCCUCAAUGCAAGACGAAGCUCUGAGCGAGAGUUGGCAGGUCCCAACACACCGCCUGGGGAACGACCUCCAGCCCCAUGAAGAUGCUGAAAACUUCCAAGCUCUCUGCCGUGGAGAGCAGCUCUUGAGCGAGUCGUAUCUGGCCACUCUCUCCUGCUUCUACGACCACAGAAACAACCACUAUCUACGACUCAUGCCCGUCAAGGUGGAGAGACACUACUGGGAGCCUGAACUGCUCACUUUCCACAAUGUUAUCUCCGACAGCGAGAUAGAGAAGAUUAAGUCCCUGGGUCGACCUAUGAUGACCAGAGCGAUGGUUCAAGGCGCCAGAGGUAAAGGCAACACUAUCAGCAACACUCGGACUUCCAAGGUGGGGUGGUUGAAGGACACCAUUCACCCACUUGUGGCAAAGCUUGGGGAUCGUAUUCAGCGUAUCACUGGCCUUUCCACUGACUUGGCCAGAGAACACGCUGAGCUGCUUCAGGUGGCCAACUACGGUGUAGGUGGCCACUAUAACCCCCACCAUGAUUACCUACUGGUGGACAAGACCGAGAAGGAGCUGUUGUAUAACAUACACCCACGGGAGCUGGUGAUGGGGGACCGCAUCGCCACUUUCAUGUUUUAUCUGAGCGAGGUGAGGCGAGGAGGAGCUACUGUCUUUCCCAGGCUAGGUGCCGCAAUCUGGCCAGUCAAGGGAUCGGCAGCCUUCUGGUUCAACCUUAAACGAUCUGGAGGUGCCAACGAGGCCACACUACAUGGUGCCUGUCCUGUGGUCCACGGCACCAAGUGGGUUAGCAACAAGUGGAUACGAGAGAGAGGCCAGUUUCUGAAGAGACCUUGUGGCCUCCACCCUGACGACUGAUGGUGUGGCCUCCACCUGACGACUGAUGGUGUGGCCUCCACCCUGACGACUGAUGGUGUGGCCUCCACAAUGACGACUGAUGGUGUGGCCUUCACCCUGACGACUGAUGGUGUGGCCUUCACCCUGACGACUGAUGGUGUGGCCUCCACUCUGACGACUGAUGGUGUGGCCUUCACUCUGACGACUGAUGGUGUGGCCUUCACCCUGAUGACUGAUGGUGUGGCCUUCGCCCUGAAGACUCAUUUCCCACGGGUG